UCACUAUUCCAAUACCGACGAUUCCGUACCCACGCUCCCCACCUGUACACGGCAUCUUGCUACGGAGAACGGCGAUGACGCAUGGCUAGUUCGCGACGCCGGGAAAAGCGACAACAAUGUGCAAAGUCGCGACCAGAAAGCAGAGAUCGUAGAGCUGCUCGUCGCUUCUAUAAAUUCUCUAGCUCUCUCGCUUGUUGCGUCCUCACUCACUACUUCUCUCGACUCUCAUCCCUGCCUACCUCUACUAUGGAGUAUCGGAGUCCGGCUCGCUGCCUUACCAGUCAGAAGGAUAGCAGGAAUGCCGGCAACACCGCUCAGCGCUUCUUAUCUCCUCUGAGCCGCUGUCGUAUACCUCCGCGCAUGCCGAGAGAUACUCCAUGGCUGGUUUUACAUCAUGGCAAUCGAAGCGCCUUAGGCGGAGUUCGUCUGGCGUUGGUCCAGGCGAGUCUAAGGUUCUAUGGCAGGCUCCUCGCUCGGACGGUCAAAGAGGUUGAAGCCGUCUUCUUCCGAUGGUUAAAGCGGCGACUCUCUCUCUCCCUUUCGUGUGUGCAGGCGAGUCUAAGGUUCUAUGGCAGGCUACUCGCUCGGACGGUCAAAGAGGUUAAAGCCGUCGUCUUCCGAUGGUUCAAGGCUUCGAGCACUCGACGACUUCGCUUUUCUGGAUUCGAGCACUUGAGAGUCGAGACAACAACCCACUUGUGACCUGUUAAUCUGUAAUAUGUUGUCUCUUUAGUCUCUCCUAUUCUCUGGUGACCGGUGGACGGUGGAAGGUGGAAGGUGGAAGCCGUAGCACUUAGCGAGCUUGGUGGUUGGUGACUUUUGCGAUUGCUGAAGCCCUCGUUCUCUAGGGAAUAUUUGGGAGAAACGAAGUAACAUUCAAACCCUAAUUUUAUUACUUCUAUCUUUGCGAUUUAUUUAUUCUAUUUUGGUAUAUUAUGAUUUAUGAAUAUAUGGUGGGAGCUGUGUGAAAUAUAUUAUGAUUUAUAUUGUCAAAAUUUUUAAGUUUUUGUAUAGGUUAGGAAUCGAACUCCCAACUUCAAAGUUAACAGCUAGCCGUUGAUAUUUUUUUUUCAUUGGAGGUGGGGGAGAGUUUGGUGUGUACAUGCAUAAAUACACCGCACACACCACGCAAGCUAGACAUACAUUUUGUUUUUUGAGAAAGUAGUCUCUUUGGAUAAUAAAUCUCUCAUCUCUCAUAUAACCGAGAUUUUCUCUGUAGCUUUUGCAUUAUUAUUAAUUUUGCAGAUUUGCCGAGAUUUUUUACCUUUAGUUUUCUAAUGCGUACACUCCACACAAUACACAGCGGCGACUCUCUCUCUCCCUUUCGUGUGUGCAGGCGAGUCUAAGGUUCUAUGGCAGGCUCCUCGCUCGGACGGUCAAAGAGGUUGAAGCCGUCGUCUUCCGAUGGUUCAAGGCAAGUCUAUGGUUCCGCGGCAGGCUCCUGGCUCCGACGGUUAAAGAGGUUGAAGUCGUCGUCUUCUCAACGUAUUCCUUUUUUCUUUUCUUUUCUUUUCUUUUUUUUUUUUUAGUUUUUGGUUCCAGUUUCUUGCUUGCGCGUUCAUUAGGGUUUGGGUUAUGGGUCGUUUGGUUGGGUGGGGUGGUUUUGUAUGUUUUUCCGGCUACGAGGUAGGGGU